CUUACACAUCAUACUACUUAUAUCAACUCGCUCGAGCUGCGACUGUCGCCCGAACCAGGAAAUCGAAGGCCACCUUUGUUCACUUCUACAGUCACAGAGGGAGGCAGCAACCAUGGACUUCGAAUCAAAUGGCGCGAUGAUGGAGUACUGUAAAAGCACAGGCCGAACUUAUUGCGCAUUCUCUAUUCAGCAAAGUAGCAAGCUGCUCGGCACCGUGGUUCUGGAGCUGUUCACGGACAUCGCACCAGCAACAUGUGCAAAUUUUAUUAAAUACAUCAAGGAUGGCUAUCAGGGCACGCCGCUGCACCGAAUAGUGCCCAAUGGCUGGGUGCAGGGUGGGGACAUAGUGGACGGCAGCGGCAAGGGCGACCCGGGCUUCGUGCUGCCGGAUGAGACGUACUCAGUCAAGCACGAUGCGCCUGGCGUACUGGGCAUGGCCACUGGCGGCCAGCCGCACACCGCGAACACGCAGUUCUACAUCUCGCUCUCGCCGCUGCCCUUCCUGGACGGCAAGCGCGUGGCGUUCGGGAGAGUGCUCAACAAGCAGAGCCUGGAGAACCUGCUGGCGCUGCAGACGCUGCCCACCUUCCAAAACGAGCGGCCCGUGCCGGACGUCGUCAUCGCCAGCUGCCACGUCAUCUACAACCCCAACUCUUAGGCCGCAAAUGCUGGGGCAGGAGUAGUUGCAGGAGUAGCAGGGGCUGUGGGGCAGGAGCAGGUGAGCCGGAGCUCCGUCCUGUCGCGCAGGGACUGGCGCUCCAGAGGAUGCUGGGCGUGUUGGCGUUUUGGUUAGCAGGCGUGUGACAACACUGUUUCAAAUCGGCGAGCAGGUUACAGAUAGUGAGGCGAGAUGGAUGUAACGCAGCACAACCGCGUGCGCUUGGUGUGUGCGGGGCCCCGUGUAACUGGUCAUGUGUCAGAGGGAUAAUGCAGGUACUGUAAGCAUUCCAUUUC